CUGAUUGGCUGACAUGUUAGUCGUUACACCGAAGGAAAUUUCCUGUGUCGUAGACAAAGAGAUGCAGUGACUAAAAUCUGAGAAUACUUACAUAUACAUUUCCAUUUAACUGUAAUCUGAGAACAAGUUCAAAGGGAAGGAAGAAGAAAAAUGCAGAGGUAACUUUUUAGCACAAAGGAGGGAGGCAAAAUUGAGUGAAGAGAGGAAGGCGAUUGUUCGAUGCAAGGAGAUUAAGAGGAAGGGGAAAACUUUAUCCAACACAACAGCCCAGAUGUCAAGGGCUGCGUCAUAACGGCAAAAAGGUAUGUUUGGAAGGAGAUGUUGCUUGACCACGAUGUGUGACUACAGUGCCUGAGCCAGGUGAGGGUGUGCAACAGAACAAGACCUGGAUUGACUGAAGAACAUUAAAGAAGGUAUUCUUCUCGACCAUAAAACCAAACAGGACAGAAGAAGAAUCAAGAAAAGACUUCCUACGAGUCACCAUAAGAAACGUUUGCCAGUCUUAAGUCAAGUGUCUUGGAUUUCACUGCAAGGUGUGAGAGGAUACAACAAGAGGAAAAAUACAAAUACACAAAAACGUGGUUUAUGGUAAUAAGCCUGUUCAGGCGCCUUUUUUGUAUGGAAAAGUGUGAGACAGAAAAGUUAUAAAUGGGCACCAACAGGGAAUCAGAUUUUGAGCAAGCAGAGCCAAAGAUGCAAGAGGAGAUGGGGUCUCCUGAGAGAGACCCGCCAGCAGACGUCCAGCCGGAGCCCAUAGAGGACCCUGCUCUUCUCAACACGUACAAGUGGCACACGGGCGGCAAGCAGCACCCUGACGGGGGCAAGGGUGAUGGCGGUGCCACGGGGAGCUCCGAGAGGCCAGAGAAAAGCACCCCCAGCAAGUGGAGCAAAAUGCAGAACUGGCGUAAGGCCCUGAGUGAGGACACACCAGAGAGGCGGGAAGCUGCCGGACACACAGAGAACCCCAAGCCCAGUAAGGGUCCCACUGCUCGGAAAAACCCCUUCCGCAGAGCCCUCUCUGAACCCCCGGGAUCUCUCCUCGCCGUAGCCCCGACCUCCCCGGCGGCACCACCAUCACCGGGCCCCUCCUCCACAGAGACCCCUACAUCUUCCCCACAAGAUGCGCAGCAGAAAGGAGGGGGCGCAAUCUUCAGGAAGUACCUCCGCACCGUCUCCCAGAAGUUUAAGAAGCCUCGGCUGCAGAGCCGGAACAGCACCCCCUUGUGCCAAGAUGACACAGGAGGGAAUGAGGCCCUAGGCUCAGUCCCGGCCCCGAUCCCAGCCCCAGCUACACUUGCGGAGCCAGUGAGGCUGUCCUGGUCCCCACCCCAAGAUGUACCUGUGUGGGAUAUUAACAACUGCCAACUACAAGAUGGACAGAUUUUCAUCUCUCGAGAGGAUGAGCCAAUGACGAUAUGUCGGAAGCGAGCCAGCAGCUGCCUAUCGAACCUGAGCCUGCAGAACCUCACGGACAGCCAUACCAAUCUGCAAUUCAACCCAGACCUGGCUCCAAGAUCAAAGGGGACGGACAGUGGGGUCAGGGCCCUGAUAAAGAGGCGCUUCCAAGGAGCAGCCCUGAGGAAAAGCAACACACAGAUAAAUGUCAUUGGAAACAAUGGGGGGAGGCUACAUGACUCCCGUGAAUCACUGUCCAUCCCAGUCAGUGCUGUGGAGAGCCUGGACCUGAGCUCAGACCAGACUACUGUCAUCAGACCUGUGCACAGUUCCAUUCUGGGGGAAAAGUACUGCUUUGAGGUGAUUAACUCAGAGCACAAUCACUGUUUCGGGUGCAGCUCUGCUGCAGAGAGAGACCGCUGGAUUGAGAACUUGCGCCGUGCUGCUCAGCCCAAUAAGGACAACUGUGAGCGCACAGAGAACUCCCUUAGCGUGUGGGUAAAUGAGGCCAAGGACCUCCCUCCCAAACGACGUUACUACUGCGAGCUGCACCUGGACAAUACGCUGUUCGCACGUACCACCAGUCGUGCCGUUGAGAAGUCCACCAACCGUUCCAGCACGGCUACUGAUGGGGGGGCAGCAGCUUCAGGCGGGGCACUGGGAGGGGCUGGCAGCUCAUCUGGAGGGGGCUGUCAACUGUUCUGGGGGGAGUUUUUUGAGCUGGACAACUUGCCACCUGUUUCCCAGCUCACUCUGCACUUGUUCCGUGAUGAUGAACCCAAGAAGAAGCGUCAUUCCAAAGAUGACUCAUCGCUGUACCCACUGGGCAGCGUGGCCAUCUCCCUGGCAGACAUCCGGGGAAGGGCCUUCCAGGAGAAGUGGUACCAAAUUGUCCCCUACAAGUUACCAGGUUCGGGAGGGACCAAGGAUCAGUUGGGAUCCCAGGCCUUUCUUCGCGUGAAGGCCCGCUUUCAGAACCUGAAGGUGUUGCCUAUUGAGCGGUACAAAGAGUUUGCUGAGUUUGUGACGAUGAACUACGAAGUGAUGUGCGUCAACUUGGAGCCCCUGCUGCCUGUCCGGGAGAAAGAGGAACUGGCCGGUGCACUGGUGCACGUCCUUCAGAGCAUCGGGAAGGCCAAGGAGUUCUUAAUUACCCUGGGCAGUAGAGAGGUGCAGAGAUGUGGGGAGAAGGAAGCCCUGAUAUUCAGGGAGAAUACCCUGGCCACAAAAGCGAUUGAUGAGUACAUGAAGCUCGUGGGCCAGAAAUAUCUCAUUGACACCCUAGGAGAUUUCAUCACACGCCUGUAUGCCUCAACAGAGAGCUGUGAAGUGGACCCUCGCAAGUGCACUGCCUCUGAUCUCCAAAACAACCAGAGGCACCUCAGAGAGGGCUGUGAGGAUGUGGCGAAAAGAAUCACAGAGAUGAAUGAGUCCUUCCCAGUGGAGCUGAAUGAAAUUUUCUCCAGCUGGAUGGAGGAAUGCGAGGGGCGCGGCCGUGUGGAGAUUGGCCAGCGCCUCAUAUCUGCCUCGCUCUUCCUGCGCUUCCUGUGUCCUGCCAUCCUCAGCCCCUCUUUGUUUGGGCUGACACAGCCCUAUCCUGACCCACCAACCCUCCGCGCCCUCACCCUCACUGCAAAGGUCAUCCAGAACCUGGCCAACUUCACACUGUUUGGUGAGAAGGAGGAGUACAUGCUCUUCAUGAAUGACUUCCUGCAGCAGCACUGGGAGAACAUGCGAGGCUUCCUGCAGAGGGUGUCCAACCCUGACAGUGAGCUGGCCAUGUCGCGCUUUGAUGGCUAUGUGGAUCUGCCGCUGCGGCUGGCUGUACUACACGGGCUACUUGUCGACAUCAUCUCCCCCAUGGAGCAGGAGACCAUAGACAAGUUGCAUCCCUUGCCCUCUAUCCUGAACCAGAUCACAGACUCGCUAGGCCCCAAUGCCCCCCGCAUCACAGUCCGCAGGACCGAACAGUCCAAGCCGGACUACGUACCCCCACGGGGGCUGGCCGAGUACAGUCCCCUGCACAACUCCGUGCAGCAGCUGACCACAGAGCCUGGAAGCAAAAGGAAGCGGGUGAUGAGGACCCAGAGCGUGCCGGACCGUGUCAAGCCACACAAGCGCACACCCAAGCGACAGGCCAGCAGUGAGAACCUGACACUCCAGGACACGGAGCAGGACAUACACAUCACUUCCCCUCAUCCUAGGACCAGUGCAAAACUUGCUGCUGUACCAUGGUAUAAAGACAUUAACAACAGGGAAUCUUAUCAGAUAAAGACUGAACAGGAGGAAAUUAACAUUCUGGAAAAGCAUGAGCAAGAGCUAUUGGAACUACGGACAGGUGUGGAUCAGGUGACGGAGCGUGAACUGGAGAUGGCCAAGAGGCUGGAGGACUUCAUUGUCCAGAGCCAGGACCAGAAUGCAAUGCUAGAGGCAAAGGUGCAAGAAUUACAAAACAUGCUGGCCAUGCGGGAUGAACAACUUGCCAGUGCCAUGUUUAGACUGGGGGUAAUAGAAGAGGAAAGAGAGGAAGAUGAGAGGAAGCUAAAUGUGGCCAUGGCAGCAGCUGAGCGUAUGAAUGUUCUGGAGAAGCAGUUUGCGGACCUACUCAAGGACAAGUGCAGCGGUGGGAACCUGACUGACGGCGGGCAGAGAAACACACAGAUCUCAGAUACAGACACCUGUCUUCUGGGCAACAGCCAGUGAACAUAGACAAACCUGUUCGUUUCCAUAGUCAUUCUACAUCAACUUGAUGUAGAGUCAAUCCAAGGUUAAACUGUGAUCACAGGAAACAUACAUCCCUUUUAAAACUAUUCAUUGUCUUUAUAUAACAUAUCAGUCUCCAACAAAAUAUUUACAGAAGGCAAUUUUAAUAGGUUCUCCGUUUUUUUACUUUGCAUUUAAAUGUAUACACUCAG